AGCCCGACCAGAAGGGGGAGAGGUUCGGCAAAGUCCGGAAACGCUCGGCAAUGGCCGGAGGCGGCUUUUAAAGCAGAGGAGCGGCUGCCGGUCCGCCCUGUCCUGCCGUUGCUCGGCGCGAGGGGACUCGGUGUGAGCGCUGCCGCCUCGCCUCGAGGGAAAGGGGCGCGAUGCUGGCCGACAGCUUGGUGGAGGAGUUCGAGAUCCGCGAGGAUGAGCCGUGGUACGACCAGCAGGACCUGCAGCAAGACCUUCAUCUUGCUGCUGAGCUUGGGAAGACACUAUUGGACCGUAACACCGAACUAGAAGAAUCUUUACAGCAAAUGUAUGCAACAAAUCAAGAGCAACUGCAGGAGAUAGAGUACCUCACCAAGCAAGUGGAGCUCUUGCGUCAGAUGAAUGACCAGCACGCAAAAGUCUAUGAGCAGCUGGAUGUGACAGCAAGAGAGCUGGAAGACACCAAUCAAAAACUAGUUGCAGAGAGCAGAGCUUCCCAGCAAAAGAUACUAAGCUUGACAGAGACUAUUGAAAACCUGCAAACACACAUUGAUGACCUGCAACAACAAGUAGAAGACUUGAAAAAGUCUGGACGAGGCCGGCUGAGCCACGAGAGAUCUGACCAGCCACGAUCCAUGCAUAGUUUCUCAUGUCUGAAGGAGCUGUAUGACCUUCGCCAGUAUUUUGUUUAUGAUCAUGUGUUUGCAGAAAAGAUUACUUCAAUGGAUAGUCAGCUAAGUCCUCUAGAAGAAGAAAAUGAGAACUUAAAAAAAGCAGUUACAGUUCUGCAAGCCCAGCUUAAUGUAGAAAAAGAGAAGAGGGAAACAAUGGAAGAGGAAUAUAGUCUGAUGGUAAAAGAAAACUGUGAGCUGGAACAGAGGCUCGUCGAUAUAGACUUGUAUCGAGCUCGUGCAGAGGAGCUGGAGGUGGAGGUGGCUGAAAUGAGGCAAAUGCUUCAGUCUGAAAACACAUUCCAUAACGCAGAGAAACUGGUGCCAGAAUCCUUCUUCAUUUCAUUCAAGGAGCCCUUAGAAAGGGAGCUUGGUCAGAGCCUGGCAGAUGAUGGACUUGUGACUGUCUCGGAGCUUGAGAAGAAGGCGCUGAAACGGAGCAGCAGCGAAACUCUCCUGAGCAGUGCUGCUGGGGGGGACAUUCUGAGGGGCCACGAAGAAACGUGUAUUAGGAGAGCUGAAGCUGUGAGACAGUGUGGGAUCUCUGUCCUUAAUGAAGUUGAUGCUCAGUAUAAUGCUCUGAAAGUGAAGUACGAGGAACUUCUGAAGAAGUGUCAAAUGGAUGAAGAUUCUUUGAAACACAAGGCUGUCCAAACGCUGAAGCAGUAUUCCAAAGACCUAAGUGUGGGGAAUGCCCAGUAUGAUCUCUCAGCUAGCAAUCCAGAAUCCACUAAUGUGGAGCUAAGUGACUGUCCCACAAAUGCUCUUCCUGAUUACAAAGCACUCUUCAAGGAAAUUUUUAGCUGUAUCCGAAAAACAAAGGAAGAAAUAGAUGAACAGAGAGCAAAAUACAAGUCCCUCUCCUCUCAGCCAUAGCACUGGACAGGCUGCUGGCCCGUUUUCUGCUGGUGACUCAUCUGUUAGUCAAGGGGAAAAGCUUUACACACAUGUCAGCAGACCCCUUAUCCUGGUGUACUUCUUGAGCACUCACAAUGAAUGUUUUGAAUUGGCUUGCAGACCUGUAGUUAACAAGCUAGUUAGUUAACAGCUAGUCUCCCUCUAUGUAGCAAUAGACGUAAUGUUGUUUAGCAUUGUCACACAAACUAGUGGUUGUAAAGCAAACAAACAUUGUAGCUGAAUACUACACUACAACUUCAUACUACACUCCAUCUCUGGCCAGAGCAGUAACUGACACGUUUCUUCAGUCCACCUCAAAACUAACAGCGCUGAGAGAUCUGUACUGUAUUUCUCCCAAGGAACCAGGCUAGAGCUUCCUGUUGUUGGUAGCGAGGAUCCAGCCCUGCAACUGCAUGGGGGCAGAAAAUCAACACUCCUCAAGCCCUGCACUUGCUGUGCCAGAGGGUGAGCUGCCACAGUGCUCGCACGGUGCUGGGGCUGAGUUCUCCCCCAGAUUAGUAAAAUGUCUCCCUACUGCAAGAGGAUGUGAUAUAAAGUUGGUGUGGCUUUUAGGUAUGGAUUCUUACAUAGGGCACUCUCUCUUAAUGCAAGAUACUGUGAAUUGAUUAUGUAUGUUGUUGGGGACCUACUGUUCUUUGGUGGAAUGUCUGCAAAGUACAUUUUAUGUGUAUUUGGUAAGAUAGAAAGUUACAGUUUAGCUGUUUAACUUCAGUAGUAGCAUUGAUGUAGUAGAAUAGCUUUUAAUCUCACAUACCACAGCCUUCAAGUGCUUGAAGGAGAUGGGCCAGGUAAAACCUUAGUGUAUUGGUUUGGCUGUUGCUCCUGUGUCAGCUGCUGUGGGGCCAGGAGGGUGGACGUGACACUGCUAGAACAUUCCCUACUGACAACUGGGGACCACAUACUUGUUCUUCCUCCCCUUCUCCACUCCCUCACAAUUCCUGUGUAUUCAGAUUCUGGAAAACAAAGAACAUGGAGAAGUGUGUUCUUGAAAAGGGCUUCAACAUGUGAAGAAAACACAGGCUAAGAGAUGAAGGGGUGAAGACAUGACAAAGGUGACAGCCUUUUCCUUAUAUAGGGUCAUGCAGCAUAAUUUGGUCACCUCCUCUAGGGAACGGGCUCAGGGCCUGUUGGAGUUGCUGCGGUACCAAACCAGGUGACACAGACUGUUGACAAUGUCUCGGCUUUAUUUCAGCUGCUGCUGUUGCAGCUCUUGCUGCCUUAUAUCAUACUUGUUAAGCUUCUGUGUAGCUGGCCUUCAGCUGCAGUAAUGACACUUCAGACUUGUGGGAGUUCUACAUGUAUUGCAUUCUGAGAAUUAUUUAAAAGCAGGAAUCUGACUCCUGUGACUAUUUUUCUAAGCAAAUAAAUAAUCCAGGCAAGCCAAGUGUGUAACUAGUAGUGAUAACCCUCUGUGCCAGGUGGGGAUGGUGUAAACUUGGUGCAGAAGGCAUCUGCAUGCUCCAGACUUUCCCUGUCUCCCACACAGCUCCAGUGGAGCUCCCAUGAAAUACACAUUGUAAAAAGUUAACCCUGUGUGGGAAAGGGCAGGGCUGGCUAGGAUAGAAAACCCGAGGGAAGGAUGAGGUUUCUCCCACUGUUGUGGUGUUUGUCAGUGCUGUUCAAAAAGGGGAGUGGGGGGGAGGGUAUGUAUAAAUGUCGCUGUUUUGCCCUGGGGUCCUCUGCACUGUCACCCUUUCCCCAGCACUGGGGUCCCUCUCCCCUGGAGGCCUGCCCUGCUCCAGGUACUGGACAGCAGUGACCUUACCUGAGGGAGCCAUGGCCCUGUCCCUCACACCUGAGUUACUACUCCUGUUCCUCACCGCUUCGGGCAAUGGGGACCUACAGCUGCCAGACCAGAAGACACAUACAAGCAAUUCAGAAUUAUUGGUUAAAUAGGUGAUCCUCAGUGGCUAAGUUGCAGCACUCUGAUAUAGACAUUUUUUAUGCUUUAGAAAUGUCAGAAAUGUUCUCAGAUUUCCACAGAAUCACUUGACUCUUGUGUCAUGAAGCUUCCCCGAGUACCUUUGCUGUAUACCUUGUGCAAUAACCCCACCAAAGCCAGGUGCUCCCUUCCUGCCUUGGCUGAGGCAGGGGCACCAGGACAAGCCAAAGGCUGCCUGAAUUUAAACCACCUCCCCCCUACAGUGCUGUAGUUAAUAAACUACACCAGCCUAUUAAUUAAGAUAAUUUCACCUGUUUAAAAAUAGAUGUUUUCCACAGAAAUGUGAAGUGUCAUUAAGUAUGGUAACAAUAUUCUUAGCCAAUCUCAUCUGGAUUAACUACCUUAAGCUGCUUAUUUUAGUCAACAACUCAACGCAGCCUUUUCUGAGCAUAAGUAGAUGAAAUUAAUAGAAUCUGCUUGAGCUUCUCACGUGAUGGGAAUUACAGCAAAGAACCAGCCCAGCCAGCGGCCCCCUUCUGGAGUGUUCCCAGCAGGACCUGCCUUGUCUUUCUGCAGUCAGGGCUACCUGAGAGCCUGCAAAAGCAGCGGGGUUAGUGCUCCUCUUGCAGCAGGCCCUGGGCUUGGCGGCUGCCCCCUGAAUGCCACAGAAGCAGAAUGACCCCAAGCGAUCGUCUACCUCUCGCCUCUUUCCUUCCUCUGUAAGCCCCGGGGCUGUAAACGGAGUGGGUGCAGCUUCCAUUUCUUCUUGGACAAACACAAGGCAGGGUAGAGUUGACCUUGGAGAUAAAAUUUUAUUUUAUAAAAGUUACAGAAAAUAGAGGUUUGACAGUGUUGCCGUGAGGUGAGCAGAGCUGGGGGCACCCGCUCACUUACCUCGCUGCACUUGCAUACAGGAAUGCAAAAUCCCCUCAACCCCACCCUCCACCAACACCAGAAAGGCAGCAGGUGGUCACACCUGGCUUUCAAAGAACUCGUUUCACAGCUGCCAGGUGAGAACAACUGCUGUGUAGGACAGAGCUCGGAGACACCCCUGUCCUUCCCCCAUCCCCUGCUGCCGUUGCCACGAAUGCAACCAUCUCUCCACGGAGAGGGCUGGAAGGGCUAUCGCAGUGCUCGGGCUGAAGCUGAGCACAGAGGUAUUUAACAAAACCUGGGAUGUUUGUAAACAAGUUUAAUUUAUUGGCAUUACUUACAAAAUAAAGUAUUAGACCAU